AUGUUUCAUGGAGGUACGAACUUUGGACUCUGGUCCGGAGCCAAUGACCCACCGUUUCAGUCAGACACAACCAGCUACGACUACGAUGCUCCUUUGAGUGAAGCUGGUGAUGCUACAUUUAAAUACAUGUAUCUACGCCAAAAAUUAAUGGAGGUGAGCUUUGCUAAGAGUAUAAUCGUAUUAUAG